AUGGUAGCAUGGCCCAAGCGCUUGCUUCAAACACGGAGAGAGUGUGAGACGCAGAGCUCUCAAUUUCUAAACAAUGGCUUCUUCUUCUUCUUCAACUCUCUCCCUCUGCUCUUCUUUCACUUCUAAAUGCAGAAUAUUCCAUCACCAAAACACUUUCUUUCCUUGUAAAACCCUCUCUCUUUCUAAGGCCAACUUUGGCUCUCUCUCCAAAACCCCCACACUCGCCUCCACAAGACCCUCAUUUUUGCCCAUUCUCAAAUCCUCUGAAUCCCAAGCUCCGGUCCUUGAGGUCGAAGCUGAUCAAACUCAGUCCCAACGUGAUCCUGAACCUGAACCUGCUUCUGCUGCUGUUGUUGAUGUUGCCAAGGAAGAGCCCAAGCGUGAGGAGGUUUUUGCUGUUGUUAUGAUUGGAUCACGCCAGUAUAUUGUCAUCCCUGGGCGAUAUAUUUAUGUUCAGAGGCUGAAAGGUGCUAAUGUCAAUGAUAAGAUCGCUUUGAACAAAGUGUUACUUGUUGGAACAAAAGCUAGCACCUAUAUUGGAAAGCCUAUUGUGACUAAUGCUGUUGUUCAUGCUGUAGUUGAAGAGCAGGGAUUAAAUCCCAAAGUUGUUGUCUUCAAGUAUAAGAAGAAGAAAAACUAUCGGAGAAAUAUUGGUCAUCGGCAGCCAAAUACAAGAAUAAGGAUAACAGGCAUCACGGGCUAUCAAGAAUAUCCAGCAGUUACGCUGGACUCGUAGGAUUCUUCAAAGAUUUUGGAGUGUACUCAAUGAUAACAUUCAAUAUUUUUGAGAUUUCUUCUCAUUCAAUGUUGCAUCAUGUAUGUAAUUUCCUUUAUAGGAUAGUCUUUAGAUUGAAAUCUGAAUUCUAAUGAUGAAUUGUGAAAAUCAAUUGCAAAUGAGCUACUUGUAGAUUGUGCA